GCUCUCUCUACAUCAGCUGCAGCCUUUUGUUCCCCGUGGGGGGGCUUGGAGGGCUGCGGGGCUGAACCAGCUGCGCCAACACAUGGCCGUCACAUCUGACGGACACGUUGAAAAGAGGAGAGAAAUUGCCAGGUCAUCUGUCACAUCCAUUGUGCUAACACAAUGCCCCGUGGGGCCGCACUCAAGUGAGAAACUAGUCCCUCUGCAAACCAGGGAUGCUGCAGCCUCGGACACCAUCGAGCUAACGGCAAAAAAAAAAAUACAGCAGGGACUAGCGAGCGAGCUUCACGCCACAGAGCACGAAAUGGAAACAAAAGCCAGGCCGACAAAGACACGGGUACCUACCACAUAAGAGCAGUGUUAUCUGGACGAAGAUGGCGGUAAAGUAACAAUAAGGAUGCCAGCUGCCCCACGAAGAAGAAGGUGCCUACGACAACAAUGACGACACAGCACAACAACCAAUCACAGGGCAGGAACGAAGAUGGCGGAAUCGGAGAUGAGCGUUAGGAGCUGUCGAGAAUUAUGGACCAUACUACUAGGAAGAUCUGCAUUGCGAGAGCCGGUUCAGAUAGAGGCAGAGCUUGACAGACACUGGGAAAGACUGCAUCAAGGACUCAGUUACUACAAGUCACCCAGCUCAUCCUCUGCUGGGAAAGUGAAGGAGAACAAAGUUGCACAACCACUAAAGGAUUUUGGUCUGAGGAUCAGUAAACUGUUGGGUCUUGAUGAGCAGCAGAGUGUGCAGCUUUUACAGUGCUACCUACAGGAGGAUUACAGAGGAACCCGUGAUUCGUUGAAGGUUGUUCUCAAGGAUGAGCGACAAAGCCAGGCACUGCUGCUGAAGAUAGCUGACUAUUACUAUGAGGAGCGCAUGUGUCUGCUCAGAUGUGUCCUCCUCUUGCUGACAUACUUUCAGGAUGAGCGACAUCCUUACAGGGCUGAGUACUGUAACUGUGUCAAUAAACUGGAGAAGGACCUGGUUAGCAACUACCAGUCACAGUUUGAGAACCUCUUCAAAGCAGAAGCACCAACAUGGGAAACUCACGGAAACCUCAUGACGGAGAGGCAGGUGUCACGAUGGUUCCUGCAGUGCCUGAGAGAACAGUCACUGCUGCUGGAGAUCAUCUUCCUGUAUUACGCUUACUUUGAGAUGAGCCCAUCCGACCUGCUGAGCUUCACAAAGAUUUUCAAGGAGCAGGGCUUUGGUUUGCGGCAGACCAACAGACACCUAGUAGACAAAAGCAUGGAUGCAUUGGUUGACCGCAUCGGAUAUCUGAGCUCUCUCAUCCUGGUUGAGGGAAUGGACAUAGAUUUUCUGCACAAGUCUGCCCUGGAAGACUGUACAGAGCAGCAUCAAUUCUCCAACGCUCCUGACGUCAUCAAGGAGAUGGAUCAGCUGCUGCUGACAUUCGGUGACAUCCCUCAUCACGGGCCGGUGCUGCUGGCCUGGGUCCUGCUGAGACACACACUGAGACCAGACGAAUCCAGCCCCGUGAUCAGGAGGAUAGGCAACACGGCCCUGCAGCUGGGGGUGUUCAAGUACCUUUCAACCAUGCUGAAAGGCCUUGGAGUCUCAGGGAAUAAUUGCACGGCAAGCACAGCAAAGAUGUGUAUCUAUGGACUCCUCUCAUUCGUGAUCACCUCUUUUGAAGAAGAAAGCCUACAGACUGAUGGUGUGGUGACGCAGUGCUCACACCUGAUCGAUGCUGCUUGUGAGGUCCUCUCUGCUCCCAGUCUGGCUGAAGUCUUUUGGGAAAUGAAACCAAACAUGGGAUUGGGAAUGAUCCUGGACAGUGCAGUCGGUAUGUUCCCUCAUAAGAUUGGACCGCUGUUGCAACUUUUGACUGCACUUCUGUCAAACAAGUCAACGGUUAAAAAGGUGUACAACUUUUUGGAUAAGAUGUCCUUCUACACACAAGUUUACAAACAUAAGCCCAAUGACAUCAUCUCCAAGGAUGAUGAGACGCUGUGGAGGAGACAAACACCAAAACUCCUCUACCCCCUCGGCACAGGGCAGACUAACCUGUGGAUGCCACAGGGAGUGCUGGGCCAGGUGAUGAUUGGAGGUGACCAAGGCUAUGUGGUGCGCUGGGACUACUCCUACAGCUCCUGGACUCUCUUCACUUGUGAGGUGGAGAUGCUACUCCAUGUUGUUUCAACUGCAGAUGUUAUAGCUCACUGUGUACGUGUGAAGCCCAUCUUGGAUCUGGUCCAUAAGAUCAUAAGCACAGACUGGACUGUGUCGGACUGUCUGUUGCCUCUCACGUCACGCAUCUACAUGUUGCUGCAGAGGUUAACAUCAGUCAUCAAUCCUCCAGUGGACGUGAUUGCCUCCUGUGUGAACUGCCUCUCUGUUCUGGCUGCCAGGAUGCCUGGGAAGGUGUGGUCCAGUCUGCACCACACUGGUUUCCUCCCCUUUGCCUCCAACCCUUUGACCAACAUGGCUCAGUGUGUAAGUGCUGAGGGAAUGAAGGCAGGUAACUAUGGCAACCUGCUGGUCCAGAUUGAACAGCCCCGGGGGGAGUAUGCUGUGACCAUCGCCUUCCUCCGUCUCAUUACAACCCUGGUCAAAGGUCAGCUUGGCAGCACUCAGAACAAAGGCCUAAUCCCCUGUGUGUUGCUGGUGCUAAAGGAGAUGCUGCCCACAUACCAUAAGUGGCGUUACAACACCUACGGAGUCAGGGAGAGGAUAGGUUGUCUUAUUUUGGAGCUGAUCCAUGCCAUUCUCAAUCUGAGCCCAGAGGGGGAAGACCAGGGCAGCACUCCCACCCUGCAGUCUCUGUGUAUCUACAGCCUGGCAAACACUGAGGCCGGACAGGCAGUCGUCAAUAUCAUGGGAGUGGGAGUGGACACAAUAGAUGUGGUCCUGGCUGCACAGCCCAGCAGCUGUGGCUCUGAAGGUCCCGGUCAGAUCCUGAUCCAGACAGUCAAACUGGCUUUCUCCGUCACAAACAAUGUCAUCCGUCUGAAGCCGCCGUCUGAUGUUGUGUCCCCUCUGGAGCAGGCCCUGACACAGCAUGGUGGUCAUGGCAACAACCUCAUAGUUGUCCUGGCCAAGUAUAUUUAUCACAAACACGACCCAGCGCUACCUCGCCUUGCAAUCCAGCUGCUCAAAAGACUCGCCACAGUGGCUCCCAUGUCAGUCUACGCCUGCCUUGGCAGCGACGCAGCAGCCAUCCGGGAUGCAUUCCUCACUCGACUGCAGAGCAAAACAGAAGACAUGAGGAUCAAGGUCAUGAUCCUUGAAUUCCUCACCGUAGCUGUAGAAACCCAGCCCGGACUCAUUGAGUUUUUCCUCAAUCUGGAAGUCAAAGAUGGCAGCGAGGGGUCAAAGGAGUUCCUGCUUGGUGAGUGGAGCUGUCUUCAUGUGGUGUUGGACCUGAUUGACUCCAAACAGCAGGGGAAAUAUUGGUGUCCCCCGCUGCUCCACCGGGCGGCCCUGUCCUUCCUUCUUGCCCUCUGGCAGGAUCGCAGAGACAGUGCCAUCUCCGUGUUACGUACCAAAGAACGGUUUUGGGAGAAUUUGACGACUCCUCUCUUUGGAACCCUCACCCCACCCUCAGACACCACAGAGCCUUGUGUUCUGGAGACAUGUGCUUUUGUUAUGAAAAUCAUCGGCCUGGAGAUCUACUAUGUUGUCAGUGGCUCCUUAGAGCAGUCGCUGAAGGAUGGGCUGCAGAAAUUCUCCAAUGCCCGACGAUAUGAGUACUGGUCCCAGUAUGUCAAGUCUCUAGUGUGCCACGUGGCAGAGAUGGAGGAGGAAGGCAUCUGUUACUUCGCAGAAACGCAGAUGUUGAUCUCUGCCUGGCGGAUGCUGCUAAUUCUUUCUACUAGCCAUUCCGAUGUGAUGCAACUAACAGAGGACUCGACCAAGCUGAAGCUUUUCAUGGACGUCCUGGAUGGAACUAAAGCUGCUCUGACGACACCCAUGUCUGUCCCCUGUCUUCGUCUUGGAUCCAUGAUGGCCACGCUACUAUUGAUCCUCCUAAAACAGUGGAGAGGUGUGGUAGCAACCGCUCCUGACAUCCUGUCUCCCCUCUCCCUGAUCCUGGAGAGUGUCCUGCAAGCUGACCAUCAGAUGAUGGAGAGGACCAAAGCCAAAAUCUUCUCUGCACUCAUUUCUGUGCUGCAGAUUCAGGGACUCAACGGUGGAGAUAUUUCCCAGCUGCCCCAGCUGUUGCUGUCUGUGUGUGAGACCGUGAAAGACGAAGCCCUGGCGCUCAUUGACAGUACUCGCCACAUGAGCCAGAUGGGAGACACGAUGGAGGACGAGGACAGCAUGGAGACGGAUUCUCCCCGCGGCCCACAGAAGGACCAGAGAGAUGGGGUGUGCGUGCUAGCACUGCACUUGGCGAAGGAGCUGUGUCGCACCGAUGAGGAUGGUGAGCACUGGGUCUCGGUGAUGAGGAGGGUUCCAGUCCUCCCCUCAGUGCUCAGCGCUGUAGAGCUCAGCCUGCGCUCCAAACACAACCUCUACUUCACUGAGGCUGCACUCCACCUGCUGCUUACACUGGCCCGCACUCCAAAGGGGGCAGCAGCUGUUGCUGGAGCAGGAGUCAUCCAAACGAUCUGCCUCCCUCUUCUGAGUGUGUAUGAGGUCUCUUCAAAUGGGGCAUCACAGAGUUUCUCCCGUAAGGCCCAGGACUCCGCCUGCUGGCCGGGGGUGUACCGCCUCUGCAUGUCUUUAAUGGAGAGUCUGCUCAAGACUCUGCGCUACAACUUCAUUAAUGAAGCCCUGGACUUUGUUGGAGUACAUCAAGAACGAAUACUGCAGUGUCUGAAUGCUGUGCGGACAGUGCAGAGCCUGGCGUGUUUGGACGAGGCCGACCACACAGUUGGCUUCCUGCUGCAGCUCUCCAGCUUCUGUAAGGAGUGGCAGUUUCACCUGCCCAAACUGCUCCGAGACGUACAGGUAAACCUGUGUUAUCUGUGUCAGACCUGCACCUAUCUGCUCCACAGCAAGAAGAUGCUUCAUCACUACCUCCAGGCUAAAAACGGUGAGGCGUUGCCCCCUGCUCCCCUCCCCAGAACCCAGCGGCCCCCACAGACCCCGUCGAAAGAGGCAGCAGGUGGAGGGGAGAGAGAGGAGGCAGAGCAGAAGGCCCUACUGGCCGUGCAGUGCAGUCUCCUGAAGAUCCUCAGCAAAACCCUGGCAACCCUGCAACACUUCACUCCAGACUGCUGCCAGAUACUUCUGGACCAGUGUAUGGACUUGGCAGAGUACAGGACCCUGUUUGUGCUCAGCUUCACAACUCCGGCGUUCGACCCUGAUGUGGCGCCUUCAUUUGGAACCCUGCUGGCCACCAUCAACGUGGCCCUGAGCAUGUUGAGCGAGAUGGAGAAGAAGAAAGAGCCAGUUUCUUUGAGCAUAGCCUCACUAGCUUCCUCAGAGGAGAUCCAAGCUCUGAAGUCAUUGCUGAUGUUCACCAUGGAGAACUGUUUCUACGUCCUCAUCUCUCAGGCUGUUCGGUGUCUCAAAGACCCCUCCAUCCUCCCUCGAGACAAACAGAGGCUCAAACAGGAGCUCAGCUCUGAACUGGAGUGUGUUUGUUCUAAUAGUGUGUAA